CCACCUUUAGUUACAAGCUGCUUGUUAGUUAGAUUUUAACUUUUUUGUUACCUAAUUACAGCGGGAAGUUAACUUUCUGUUCGGUGUGCCGACGAAUUGCGCCAAGCUAAAUUGCAAUUGUUUUUGCUUUCGGUUGACUCGCUGUUUCUUUUUACAAAUUUUAACCUACAAAUAUAAAAAAGUUGAAGAGGUUGAUGCAUCCGAGACGUCGCAAAGGGCAAAAAGCUAAGAUAAGCGCUUUCAUCAAGGCCUUCCGGGAUUUGGAGAAGUUGCCCCGAAGAUCGGGGUUUUGGAUACCAAAGAAGGAGAAGAAGAGGCAAUAAAUUAAUAAAAGUUUAUCCAUAAUAAAGUAGAGAUAUUAAACAGAGAAGCUGUGAGAGAGAAAAAGAGAGAGAGAUUCUUUUGUUUCGAGAGGCCGAUAAGGUUUGGUUUCGACGAUAAUGCGCACAUAUUCUUAACAAUUGACUCGACUUGACUUGACUCGUUUGCAGGCUAAGCCCGGCCACGACAAAUUAAACUCACUCACAGAAUGACGAAACACCUUAUAAAUUAAAGUCAAUUUGAACAGUUGCUAUCAGUCAGCGAUGGACUUUAGUUCUCCAAAUAAGCUGUGAGAAGCGAUACACUCUUCAUCCCAGAUUUUCGUUUUUAUCCCCACUAAAGUCGAUUCUUAAAAUGGUUUUGCCAACAGUUUCGCAGCGUAUUCGUCGAUAAGUGAUACCAGUUCACCCUUUCACAAAUAAAUAAAAUAAUAAUUGCCCCCACGAAACAUCGUUGUUCGCCAAAACGGCACUAAAGUGAGUGAAAAAAACACCGCAACGAGCGACGACUUAGCUCGAGCAAUUUUCGUCGGUCAAGUGUUUAGGAAGAAAGAAAAGAUUAUAGUUUGGUGGUAGUGUUGCGCAUUUGAAACAGAGAUUAGAGAGAAUCUUUUGAAAGGAAGAUCUUUGCGUUAAAUGGAUAUUCUAUGUAAUCAUUUACAAGUUAAAAUGAUUAAAAUUGACAAUACGUUCCUGCAAAAUCACCGUCAGAGAGAAACCACCGGCAUCAAGAAAUUGUACAACUCGUUCUUCGUUAUGUUCUAAGAGCCGCGAUUUAGAAAAUCGUUUUGGAGCCGAUCUUCGAAUCUUCUUCAAAAUUUUCUUAUUAGGACAGAGCAAUUAUUUACAAAACAAAAGUAGCUUAUUUAGGGAAAACUUCAAUUUAUUUAUACAUAACGAACCCGAGGAUCGUUUAACAAAGAACAAACAAAUUAAGUGUAAGAAGGUAUUAUGGAUUUCCAAAUGUACGAGAACGCGGAGAGCCCACAAAUUUUGCUAUUGAACGAGUCCCGCUGCAAGAAUUGGAAUAUUAACAUGGAGAAUGAGGAGUAUUUUCAAUGGAUGAAUAAUAGUGACGAGGGGAAAUUCGAGAAGAAUCCUCCCGCCAGGAAGAGGAAGAUCGAAACCACCUCUGACACCGACGAUUCCUGCGGAAAACAGGAAACCAAAUGCGACAAGAGGAUCAAGAAGAAUUCCUCGCCGCACGGCAACGGUAAUUCGAGGAUGCCGCAAUGGCAAGUGGACGAUAUUGCCCAAGAAUUGAAUGCAGAUAUAGAAGGUUCAAUAAAUGCGCUGCAAGCAGAUCAAUCGAAUAAUUCCUUUAAUAUGAGCGAAGCUAUAUUGUCCCUAUCGAAUAUGACUGUUUUCAAGCAAGAAGCCCCAUCUCCGACCGAUAAUCCGGAAACUACCGUAACCCAAUUUAGUAGACAAAAUCAACCAUGUUCUUUGGGUAACCAACAAGCCCAGGUUCCCGUCUCCCAAGCCAACAACAUCAACGACAAUCAAAACAACACAAUUUUGAAUACAACACUGCAGCAGUUGCUAUCACAGACCGGAUACAAUAGCAUCCAAAACAUCGACAGUAACUUGUUGAACUCCCCGACGAACAAUCUAUUGAACUCUCCUGGUAAUUUAUCUCAGGAUGGAUACGGAAUAUCGCCGAGUUUCACAGAAGAUUGCAGAUUUCAGUAUGUCUUGGCAGCUGCUACAAGUAUUGCUACCAAGAUGAAUGAAGAUACUCUUACCUACUUGAAUCAAGGUCAGAGUUAUGAGAUUAAGUUGAAGAAGCUGGGAGAUCUUUCCACAUACAGAGGGAAAUUGUUAAAAUCGGUGAUUCGGAUCUGCUUUCAUGAGAGGAGAUUACAGUAUAUGGAGAAGGAGCAGAUGACCUCCUGGCAGCAAUCUAGACCCGGCGAUAGAAUUCUCGAAGUUGAUGUGCCUUUGUCUUACGGUCUCUACGAUGUUAGCCAACCCGCAGGUGCCUUAAACACAGUCCAAUUCAGCUGGGAUCCAACUAAAGAAGUUGGUGCUUACAUCAAGGUGAAUUGCAUUAGCACAGAGUUUACGCCCAAGAAGCACGGUGGAGAAAAGGGUGUUCCUUUCCGAAUCCAAGUGGAGACUUAUCAAGGUGGUGAUGGAUAUGAUUCACCAAAGCGUUUGCAUGCUGCAGCCUGUCAGAUAAAAGUUUUCAAAUUAAAAGGUGCUGACAGGAAGCAUAAGCAAGAUCGUGAAAAGAUUAUCAAAAGAUCCAUUUCUGAACAAGAGAAAUACCAACCCAGUUACGAUUGCACUGUUCUCAACGACAUUCCAAACGAAUCCUUAGCAAAUGUACCAAUUGGUGGACCCUUUUCUCCAGAAAGUACUUCACAGAAUAAUUUCCAAAGCCCGAUGGGAGCGAACGAGGAUAGGAACAACUUGUCUUCAUCGCCUUCUCAUUCCAAUCCAAUCAACGAUAGACCAACGAACGGACACAUUCAAGAUGUUAAUCAUCAAGAUACAAGACAACACCAAGAUCAGUUCUUCGUGCCCGAAAAUCUUGGAGAAGAAACGACAGCAGCCCAAACGAACGCCUGGUUAAAUCAGAACAGAUUUGAAAAGUAUAUUCCCGCCUUGUCAGGAUACAGCGGCAAGGAUCUGCUUCGAAUGUGCAAGGACGACCUUAUAGAAAUUUGCGGACACACGGCUGACGCCAUACGACUAUAUAAUUCCGUUCAGAAUAAAGUUAUUAUCCCGAGGAGGACGCUCUACGUCAGCCGCGAACAGAUGAACGUGUUCAGCGCCAUCUACAUGUCCAACUACAGCUCCAUCGACCUUCUGCAGAAGUUAUCCUUCUUCCUGGGAAUUCAGCCGGAUUUAGUAAAAGACAUUCACAUGGUAGGACCGCAAUCCAUCCGCAUCCAAGUGGAGAAUGAAGUCAUCAUGUACAUGAAAGACGAAAGCAUGUUUCACGUGUCCAUCGCGCCAGAAACCGCGAACACUAAUUGCGUUAUAAUUCUGCUCAAACCAUGUAACAGAUAAAUUUGUAUUUGUUAAUGUACUCUUUAUGAUUAUAAUUAUUGUAUAAGCUAUUUUCAGAAAAUCAAG